ACUUUCAGGUAUGAUGUGGACUGUUAACUUGCUCGUUUCGUUAUUUCUACCGUAUCUUCUGUAUGCCAAACGACAACAAUCAUGUGAAGUGUGCGAGAAAGUUUUACAUGAUGUGAUGGACAGUAUGGCGGUGAGUGAUCAUGGUGAUAUAAGUAAAAUCGACGAGGCACUGAGGGAGCACUGCGGCGGAACAAAAGGAAGAGAGAACAAAUUUUGUUUUUACAUUGGUGCUUUACCUGAAUCCGCCACUUCUAUUAUGAAUGAUGUGGUGAAACCAUUAUCUUGGUCUAUGCCGGUGGAAAAAGUUUGCGAAAAAUUACGCACAAUGGAUUCACAGAUUUGCGAACUGAAAUUUGAUAAGAGUAUUGAUUGGAAAACGGUUGAUCUAAAAAAGUUAAGAGUUAAAGAAUUGAAGAAAGUUCUUGAGGACUGGGGCGAGGAAUGUAAGGGGUGCACUGAAAAAUCGGAGUACGUAGCUAAGAUUGUAGAAUUGAAGCCAAAAUAUGUGAAAAGCGAACUGUGAUAUUUUUUCUGCAUUGGAUUUAAUUUAUUUUUGGAUGAAAUCUAUUGUUGUCUUCAUUGUUUUUGUUAUUGAUUAAAUAAAGUAG